AUGUUACGCUCUAUCUCUACUCGAAUACUUUCACGGCGUUCUCUGACUACUGCGAGAAGAUAUUCCACUCCGAACGCCUCAAGCGCGUACUCCGAAGCUCGCGGACACCUACCGCAUUCUCAGUCACCCAUUACCUCGAAGCUCCAUUUCUUCAAUUCUGUGACGGAGGAGGGAAAGCAGAUACCCACGUAUAGAGUUCUGGAUGGGGUCGGGCAGGUGUUAGAAGGAGCUGAGGUUCCUGAGAUUGAUAGGGAUACGGCUAGAAAGAUAUAUGAGAACAUGGUGUUGCUUCCGAUCAUGGACAACUUGCUCUACAACAUUCAACGUCAAGGCAAGAUUUCGUUCUACAUAACUGCUUACGGAGAAGAGGCAACUAUAAUUGGUUCUGCGGCAGCUCUGGCUCCGGAUGACGAGGUCCUAGGCCAAUACCGCGAACUUGGUGUCCUAUUGUGGCGAGGCUACGGUAUUGACGCUGCCAUGGCUCAAUGCUUUGGCAACCAAGACGACACGUCCAGUAAAGGCAGGCAAAUGCCUGUCCAUUGGGGUUCUCCGUCGCUUCAUUUCCAUACGAUCUCUUCACCAUUGGCCACGCAAAUCCCUCAGGCCACCGGUGUGGCGUAUGCAUUGAAGAGAGAUCCAUUGAGGAGGGGCAAGAAUUGUUCGGCGGUUUAUUUCGGGGAGGGCGCAGCUAGUGAAGGAGACUUCCACGCUGGGAUGCUCUUUGCUUCGACCAUUCCAGCUCCGACACUGUUCAUUGCCCGAAACAACGGCUUCGCCAUCUCUACACCGUCUACAGAGCAAUACUACGGUGACGGUAUUGCUGCUAGAGGGCCAGGAUACGGUAUAGACACGAUCAGAGUCGACGGGAACGAUGUCCUGGCCGUUUUGAGCGCGACGAAGGAGGCCAGACGGAAAUGUGUCGAGGGCGGUAGAGGUGUUCUCUUGGAGGCCAUGACUUAUCGUGUCGGUCAUCACUCCACUUCCGACGACUCCUUCGCAUAUCGUCCUCGCCAAGAAGUAGAAGAUCGCAAACGCAGCGACAAUCCUAUCGCUCGCUUCCGUCUCUUCUUGCACUCGCAAGGCUGGUGGUCAGACGCAGAAGAGGAGGAGCUGAAAGAGAGGCUGAAGCAGGACGUUAUGAAGGCAUUCAAGAAGGCGGAAGCAACGAAGAGAUGGCCGCUUAGUGAACUGUUUGAGGAUGUGUAUGGUGGGGAGCAGCCCUGGAAUCUGAAGGAGCAGAAGAAAGAGUUGGAUGGUCUGUUGAAGAAGUAUGGUGGGAUUUGGGAGCCAUGGAAGAACGAGCUGAAGAAAUUCAAGGACAAUUGAUCGACGUUAGGCGCUCGCACGGAUUUUGCCGCUUUCUCAGAGUUUAGUUGUGAAACCGUUGUAUAUCGAUAUUCUGUAUAUUACUUGUAAAGCUGGAUUGGAUGUAGAUCGUUGUUUGCAGUAAGA